AUGUAUUGCUACUGCUAACCAUUGUCUGUUAAUGACAAAUUAAGAGUCUGUAAUACAAUGCUGCCUACAUUAGCACUUAUUUUCUUUCUGCCCUUGAUGGAUGUGGGAUGGAAUGUGGAUACAAUCACAACUCUGUCAUUUGUGAAGAUGGAUACUGACAGCGAUGGAUUCAUUUCCAAGUCCGAGAUGACAGACCAAUGGAAGUCGAAAUACGAAACCACGUCCAGACCGUUGACUAAACCUGAAUACGAGAGUCAGGUGGAUUCAAAGCCCUACGACCUAAACACCAAACAGCUGCUGAAGAAACUUUUCGAGAAAAUGGACAAAGACAAGAAUGGUGUGCUGGACAGCAGUGACCCUGAAAAGUUUUUUGAUGAGAUGGAUGUGGAUGGGGAUGGUCGAAUCUCUCAAGACGAGUAUAAGAGAUACACAAAACUACAGAUGCAUAAAGUGCCAAUCUUGACCCUUGGGAUCAAAAUCAAAAUGCUGACCACCGAAUCCUUUAAGAAGAUGGACACUAACGGCGAUGGUCUGGUAUCAAAGACAGAAAUAAAAGACAAAUUGUUUGGGAACGACGAGGAUACGGACAAGCAAAUCACCAAAGAAAAGUUUGAAAGUUUGGUCAAUGUGGAAAAUGGGAACGACGAGGAUACGGACAAGCAAAUCACCAAAGAAAAGUUUGAAAGUUUGGUCAAUGUGGAAAACGUCGACCCCCAGACCAAAAUGAUGGUAAAAAACUACUUCGAUGGACUGGAUAAGGAUAAAAAUGGAAUUCUGGACGGUCAAGAUGUUGACGAGCUCUUCGAUGAGGCGGACCUUGACAAAGAUGACCAGAUCUCAGAUCACGAGUACAAAAGAUAUAUAGCUAAACAGCUUAGCCGUGUGCCAACUGUACUCUUUGGUAUGAACGUUAAAAUUCUGACCAACCAGUCCUUCAGAAAAACAGACAGCAAUGGUGACGGUGUCGUGACUAAGCCAGAGAUGUUAGAAAAACUGCAAGAAAAAGACCAGGACAUGAACGGACAAGUGAGCAAGGACGAAUAUGAACGUUGGGUGGAUGGUAAACACUUUGAUCCUUCCUCAAGGAGGAUUGUCAAGACAUAUUUCGACAAUAUUGACCGAGAUAAGAAUGGAUUUCUGGACGAACAAGACGUUGACGCCAUCUUUGAUGAAACGGACAGGGAUAAAGAUAACCAGGUCACUGAGGAUGAGUAUAACAGGUACUUUAGUAAGGUGAUGCAUCAAAAUCCGAGAGUGAGCCAUGGAAUGAAAGUCAAAAUUCUCAUUUUGCACUCAUUUUUAAAAACCGAUACAAAUAUGGAUGGGUAUGUUUCAAGACAAGAAAUUAUUAAUAAAAUACAUGAAAAGGACGUAGACAGAGAUGGCAAAGUCACCAGAGAUGAGUACAGACGCUCUGUCGAUGCUAAAAAUCUCGACAAACAAACGAAAAAAAUACUCAAAGAUCAUUUUGAUGACAUGGAUAAAGACAAGAAUGGAGUGCUGGACAGCAAAGACGUAGACAUCACCCUUGAUCAGGCGGACACGGACAACGAUGGAAAGAUCUCAGAAAACGAGUAUAAAAGAUAUAUUUCUAAGCAAUUAGGCUGCGUAGGUGUUUACGACAGUGGAAUGGGAAAAGACUCGAUUACUCCCUUGUUCGAAUUUAGAGCAAUGGACUCCAACAGAGACGGACUUGUUUCAAAGCCAGAGAUGGAAUCGAAGUUGAUUAACAAAGACGAGGACAAAAAUGUUGAAAUGACACAAGAUGAGAACGAUCGCUGGAGCCAGGCUCAAUAUUUACAUCCACACACCAAAACUAUGUUCAAAAAUCGUCUCGACAGUAUGGAGAAAAACCAAUACGGAACUGUGGACCGAAGUGACAUUGAUUCGCUGUUUGAUGAGGCUGACUUAAAUAGAGAUAGCCACAUCUCGGAGACUGAGUUUGAAAGGCAAGCACGUUAUUAA